AUGAAACAAAUCAUUGUUUUAGCUAUUAUUGUAUUACUUGGUAUGGUUGCUUGUAUUCAAGCAGAGGAUGCUUACUUUGCCUUUAGAACACAUGGAUCAACUCAUGACUUUGUUUUCAAGUUGACCGAUGUCAAAAAGAUUGAACAUGCUAGAAAGCUUUUGAGGGAUGAUGACCUUCAAGAAGUCCAUGUCAUGGGAAGAAUCAGAAAGACUCAAAAAGACUAUAAUCCACAUUACUCUUACCAUCUCGACCCAGAUACCAUUACCUUUUUCAGCAUGGCCAUUGAAGUAUGUGAUGCUACUCUUCAAUACACUGAGGAAUAUCUCGAUGAAGCUUGUGGUGCUUUCCUUCCAGGUUGUUUCUUCUGCCCAUGGUCAUCUAAAUUGACCAGAGAAGUUAAACCAUAA